AUGAAUCGGCAGCCAUUUUUAAACUGCCCACUCACUACACAGUGUAUAACGUGUAACGUGUAUAAAAAGGAUAUGGAUGAUGGGCCUCGUGUUACGAUACGAGACAAAUAAUUUUAAACGAAUGAGAUUAAAUGGGGCGUGAUUGUUAGCGAAGAGAAGCGAGGGCAGAGCGCGCGAUAGAAAAGGAGAGGUGAAUAAGUAGCGUGACUACGUGAUCGUCGUCGUUGUUGUCGUCGUCGUCGUAGCAGCAAACAGGCGGGCAAGUAGGUGGACAUUGGCGAGAGUAAAGGCAUCGUUGUUUCACGAAAGUGCAGCCGAACAAACCAACGGACGGACGAACGGACAUUGCUCGAGCAAACGCGCUUUUUUUCUUUCGAGAUUAAUGUAAUGGUGAACUGUGAACAUCCAACCAUACACGAAAUAUGUCUUUGAGUGCUUGCUCCGUAUUCUUCGUAGGAGCGAGAGCGCGUGGUGCGGCCAACUGCGAUCGGUCGCAUUGAAAUCGGAUCGACAAGAUAAGGAGGUAGAGGAAAGAAAGAAAGAAAGAGGGAGUGAGAUAGAGAGAGAGAGAGAGAGAGAGAGGGAGGGAGGGAGGGAGAAAGAGCGUAAGAGUAAAAGAUAUUUGAAAGUCCGGAACGCGUGCACGACGAUGUUGAUUCUAACAUGCGAGAAAACGGACGCAGCAAUCGUGUUUCUCGUAUGUUAAGUGCUCAUAAUAAUGGCAGAUAAUGUGCACAGAAAGUCACAUAGGCUGUUAGAUGGUAGUAGGAAGAUAUCGAAUCCCGUGCACCGCACGACCACGGAGACGAUCCGUCUGGGCGAGAUAGACAGGCAUCAUCAGCCGGUUGUCGCGCCGAGCAGCGUGCAAGCUGCAAGUGGCAAUCAGUGCAAUCGGAAGAAAACGUCGUCGUUCCAAAUAACCAGCGUCACCGUAGGCUGCCGCAUGAGCAAUGACGCCGGCGAGGAUUCCAACGACGAUUUGGACGAGUCGCACACGGAGGACAAUUCCGUGGAGCACUCGCGCAUCACCGAUCUCGAUAUCGAGACGCCGAGCUAUUCCGAGGACACGUUCUCCAAGGAAGACGUGUUCUUCAAUACAAGCAACGCCGCCCUCAGCACGGCCCCGGUGAUUCCCACCAGCUCGCAAUACGGUCUAGCCAUCGUACCCUCGGAGGGUGGCAACGUUAAUAAUUCGGUAAAUGAUAGCAAUAUCAAUACUUUGGACAUUACGUCCGUCACCGAUAAGCAGGACGCCGAUCUACGCGAGGUCCAUUCCCACGGCAGGAACGAGAGAUUCAAGGUAGUGAAAAUCGAGAGCACGGAGCCUUUUAAGAGAGGACGUUGGACCUGCAUGGAUUACCUGGAUCACACGUCCGUUAAUCAGCCGACGGCCAUCAGUACUCCAAAAGUGUCCGAUCCGAACGAAGUGUGCAUAUCUUAUGGGGUGACCGAUAGUGGGAUUGUUAUACCGGAAGCUGCGAAGCAAUCUGUAGUGACUGACGAUAAAGGGAUUGGUAUCGAUGCUAAUGGCCCGGUAUCGUCUCACCCGGACACGGUGCACCCGUCGAUCGCCGUGUCGAGUAACCCCGCGCAAUCGGUAUCGAGUACAAACUAUACGGUAAAUAAUUCGAUACCUUCUAAUGUACAGCAUAAUCCUACACAAGUUCAGACCCAGGCCAAAGUGCAGCAGCCAUCCGCGCAGCAAAUCCCGCAAUAUUUUCAAUCUCAGACUCAGCCAAUAGCUACUCAGCAACAGCCGCAACAGCAACAGCCGCCGCCACAGCCGUCGCAAGGCGGUCAAGGUUCUACGUUACCUUCCAAUUUACAGGCCACUCAUCCUAGCAACUUGGGACAACCUCAGAGUAUGCCCCAAGGUUCUAUCCCCAUUAUAACACAGACUAGCAAUAGUGCAGUGACGCCUCAGCCCAGUAUACCUCACUCUAAGGAAGAAACUUACGUAACGGUGAGCACGCAGAAUCAAUCCUUGCCAGUCCAGAAUGUUUGCCAGCCCACGGUUCAGCAAACGUCAGCUCCUACCUCUCAGGCUCCAAAUAUUCUCGUCACGCAGCAUCAAUCAGAAGCAACUUCCUGUCAACAGCCGUUGCCGACGCAAAAACCACAGAUGACGCAAAUUUCCGAGCCAUUGACUGCCAUACAGGGGAUACAGGGCAUACAAAAUAUCCACAAGGUUCCUCAGACGACCGGGGCGUCGCAACAGACGUCGACGAUCCAUCCCUCCGGAGUGCCUGUGCAAUCGCAGGUGAUCACACCUUCGACCCAGCAGAUGCAACCGCAAACGUCCAACGGUAAUGCCCCGGUGCAGAUCACACAAGUGACGGCUGGUUGUCAGAAUGUCGUGGGUGGUCUGCAGCAGGGUAACAUCGCGUUUCACCAAUCUGAUCCGGAGCAAGAAUCCAUCUCCGGCAUCGUUCCUAACGCUACUACUGUUCAGUCGGCCGACGCAACUCUCCUCGAGUCAUUGGCCGAAGUUACACAGGGCAGCGAUGAGCAUCGUACUCUCGAAGAUAACGAAAGUAUGUCGGGGACAAACGCUGUGGCGAUUGAUAACAAGAUUGAGCAGGCUAUGGAUUUAGUUAAAAGUCAUUUAAUGUUCGCGGUACGAGAAGAAGUUGAGGUACUGAAAGAGAAGAUAGCUGAGCUUAUGGAUCGUAUCAAUCAAUUGGAAGCGGAAAAUUCAAUAUUAAAAGCACAUGCAACUCCAGAAACGUUGGCUCAAUUGAGUCAGUCGACAGCAAAAUUACCCCAAAACAAUUCAGGAAGUGGUCAAUAGUUUACCGUUUAGGAAAUAUAUUUAAAAUCGUAAAUCGAACCUUUUCUUUUUUUCAAAAUGAUAAAUCAUUUUGAAGACAUCUGUGUUGUUAUGAUUCUAGACAGAGGGUAAAACAUAUAUGGAUGCCAAGACUAAGUGCUAAAUGUGACAGAGUUGACAUUAUUUUACAUUGGAAACACAAAUUUCAAUAUUAAAAAAUAAUUACAUUGAAGAAAAGUAAUGGUACGGCAGGAUAGGUAGCUUGACAUUCUUAGGUUACUUUUCCCGUCGUUUUAAUAUUUAGUUUUAAUUUAAAUUACAAAUUUUUUUGAUCAAACAUAUUUGGCAAGAUAAACGAAGAUGAAUGUUUAACAACAUUUGUGAGAGAUACCGUUUAUAUUGUGUGUGUGUGUGUGGGGGGGGGGGGGGGAGAUGUGCGUGUGUGCGUGGUGUGUGAUGUUUUAACUUUUAAUAAUUUUCCAACCUCUUUUUGCAUUGACUGAAAUAGAUAUUAAUGAUCAAUUCUGCCAACGCUUAUCAUUUUUAAUUAUCAAAUUUCGUAUUUUAUAAUCUGAUGUGUGUGUAAACUGGUAUUUUUAAAAUUAUACACACAAAUAUAUAUAUAUAGAGUAAUUCCCUUUCCCCACACACAUUAAUGAAUCAAUAUCCAAGAAAGUUAUUGGUGUACAUAAAGAAAACCUGCAACUUCCUGUCAUUUUAUCUUACAUUUCAAACAUGCCUAAUAAAAAUUUUUAAUUGUAUCAAGA